UCUGGAGAGAGUGAAGUCUGUAGAUACCAAGCACUUUCCCAUUUGUUCUUGCGAAUAACCCUUUGUUGCCAGCGCCCAGCGAAGGGGUGCGUGCGGUAUCGCUGGACAAAGCAGUAACUUAUCGCCUAGCAAGCUGUAUUGAACGAAGCAGACGCUGUGCGCACGACCAAAGACAGCCGAUUCCACGCCACCACACGACCAACGAUUGAGUUGCCCCAGGCGUGCAACAAUGCCGGUCGCCGCACAAGCACUAUGGCAAGCACAGAACGCGGCGAAGAGGAAUAGGAGAGGGGGCGAGCCAAAUAGAAAGAGAAAGGCAGCGGGGCAACCUCCUCGCCCCUAGCGCCGCAAGAUCGGACGGACAUGUUGGCGCUCCGCGCGCACGCAGUGCAGGAGAAGCGCAUGAGAGCCGAGGGCGGUCGCGGAACCUCUGGCCGCUUCGGCGCGUUUGGAAACGAUGCUCUUGGCGCACAGUCGCGUCACCAGCAGUUAACGAUGAUCCGCAGUCGGUCGACGGUGCGAGGAAAGCGGCCCAGGCUAAAGGGAGCUGCAGUCCUCGUUGACCCCGUGACGGUGUGAAAAACAAUGCAAGUAAGGCUUCCACCGGGAGGCGUUGCACUCUACGUCUGCCUCUCGGUGCUCGCUUGCGGACUGGCACACGCGGAUGCUGGCUCAGGUGACAGCACCGUCGGCCAAGAUGGCGCGCUCGGCUGUCCUGAAAUGUGCAAGUGCCGCUCAACAGAUUCUUCAGGAGCGCAACGUGUCCUCUGCGUGGGACAGCUGCGCAGAGCUGUGCCGAAAGACCUCCCACCUCAGGUUGCAUCACUCGAUCUUUCACGGAACAAGAUCAGAAGAAUUAACUCAAGCGAGCUGAGUCCUGUAAACUAUACACAUGCAAGUUACCUGAGACACCUCAAUCUGCACCAGAAUCUUAUACAAGAAAUAAAUGUUAAUAGCUUUCAAACGCUAGUCUCUCUCCAAGAGCUGGAUGUAAGUGACAAUGUAAUUUAUGCCAUCCAUGUAAAUAGUUUUGAUGCUCUUGAAGCUCUUAAGGUGUUAAACCUUUCUGGAAACCAUCUGGACCAACUCAAACAUGAAUGGUUCCAAGGCCUUUCCAACUUGACUGUGCUUGAUCUGUCGCACAACAAGAUCCAAGCAUUGAACAAUGUAGUGUUCUGGUCACUCCACCAUCUGGUGCACUUGCGUGUGGAUUACAACAGAAUCAGUUCUGUGGGGCUCUUAAGCCUGAAGGGUCUCGACUCUCUCCGGUAUCUUAAUGUUAGCCACAAUAACAUUAUGACCAUACAAACUGGCACACUGCGACCAACACCAAAUCUGGACAUACUGGACAUGAGCUACAACCCAAUCACAAGCCUUCAUGAACCAUUCAAGCAUGGGCAUAACAUUCGCCAACUACAUGCAUCUCACCUAUACAAUCUCUCUCACUUGUCAAAGGCAGUCUUUACAGACUUAGAUAGUGCAGAAGAAGUGUUUAUGAACAACUGCCCUGCCCUAGAGACAGUGCAGAGUGAUGCUUUCUCGCCACUGAAAGCUGUUCGCAAGCUGGACUUGCGUUUCAACAACUUUACCACUCUUCCAUCUGGAUUGUUUGACCAGCUGCUACAAAUAGAACGGGUUCGUCUCAAUGGCAAUCCAUGGUUCUGCGACUGCCGCCUUUACUGGCUGCUACUGUGGCUACGUGACAAUGUGCGGGCCCACCUCUUGUCACCGUCAAACACCCUUUGUGCCAAGCCAUCAAACCUUACUGACAUCACAGUGCUUGAUGCUGUGGACAAGCACAUGGUCUGCCGCAAGGCUACAGUGAUUGAGCACACAACCCAAGCACAUUUUAGGCUGUUUACAUCAGCCGUGCUCUCAUGCCGCGUUGAUGGAAGCCCUGCUCCUUCAAUAACCUGGACCACACCGCACAAGCACCGCUUCAACUGGACAGCGGAAUAUGGCGCAUCUGUUGGAAAUUCUUCUCUCAAUGGACGCGUGGACAGGGGCGACUGCCCGAAGUUUGUGCUCCUUCAGAAUGGCGACUUGUUUGUGCGUGAGGUCCAACGUGGUGACAGUGGUCAUUACCGGUGCACAGCCACCAAUGUGCUAGGCCACCAGAUGGUCGCCAUACGACUCACCCUAGACUACGACUUUCUGGUGAAUGUCAAAAUAGUGAGUGUGCUUGUGGGGUGUGCUACAGCAUUUUGUUUUGUGCUUAUCACAAUGGUGGUCAAGGCAGUCAGUGCCAUACUUUGGAGAUUUGGGGUGGAGUGUCCAUGCUGCAUGAUGGGAGAGUCACCGCGUGCACGACAGCUUUAUCGCAUGCUCGAAAGUCUCGAGCACUACCGGUGCCAGCAGCUGGAGCGGCUUCGAGACAACUAUGCCUGUCAAGUGCUUAGGAUCAAGGAGAACUGUACCCAGCAGAUGGAGAAGAUAAGGGAAAGUUACACCGGCCAGACAGAUCGACUGAGGGACUUCUGUGACUACGGCACUGCACAAAUCACGAACAUGAGGGAUAACUACUACUCACAGGUGCAGAGGGUGCGGGACUAUGGCAUUGGCCAAAUCGACAGGCUUCGCGAGAACUACGUGUAUCAGCGCAACAGGAUUCGGAAGUUCAGUGCCCAUCACCUGUACAAGUUACGUGAAAACUACAAGCUGCAGCAACAGCACCUUAACAAGAUACUGGAGAACCUCAACCUCGAGAGCUGCCGGAGUGUCUGUGCUCGUACCGACUCCAUCAUCUUUGAUCCUGCCGAGAUUGGCCUGGAGCCUCCACCUCUGGAAAUACUGCCGCCACCGGCCAUCUUUCCACUGUUCAUGGAUGAAGACACUGAGAGCCAGAUUUCCGCUUACUACACUCCAGACACAUUGUCUCAGGUGUCGCCUGAUGAAGUGGUUCUGCAGCCAAAUUUUCCCAACCUAGACUCUUUCCCGGACUUCGCUGCAGAACUUCCAGCCAUCCACAUGCCGGACAUGUGUGGAAUGGCACCAGAUCAGCCAGGUCCCAGCUAUUUACCACGAACAAAUGUGACUGUGCAUCUAGACUGUGACCCAAACUUUGAUGUGGCUGCAUCUGAAGUGCCACUGUUACAGAAUGCAUCCCAUGAGACUGCAGUGUGAUGCAGUGAAUGUGAAUAGAACGGUAGUGAAUAGAACAGUACUUAAGUCGUACUUUGUAAAAACAUUCGCAGAGUUUGAGACAUGUGCAGCUUGGUUUGCCUCAGGAAUGACGUAACUCCCAGAGAACCAGCCUAAUGAUAUGCAGUAAAGGAACCCAAACACUCAAGCUCUGACAUGCUAGUCUGGCAAUGUAGGAACACUUGUUCAGUUUCAAACGUGGUGGCAGUAUGUGUGCAGCAUUGUGAACUAGGCUUAAGGAGGGUCAGAUAUGCAGACAUAUUUGUUGGUAGAAGUGAGACAUUCACAGUUGAAACCCUGCCAAGUAGGCUGCACCAUGCUUACUGUUGAUUAGGUUGUGAAGUGCAUCGCAUAUUUUCGUACUGGUGUCUUAGAACAGCAGUAGCCGCAGAAGUGCUUUUACUGGCACAACUUACGAACAUAUCAUGCUGAAGAACAUGUAAGCAAAGAUUGAAUAGUCCAUCUUCUGGAAGGCACCCUUCCCCUCAAUAAAUGGCUGCCACAUUACAGGUUUUAGAAAGGCCAAGUUUCUGUGAUAGACUGGGUGCCACUAGUGGGCAUCCUCAAUAUUCCAAGCUAUAGUUUCACCUUUUAGAUGCUUCCCUUGUGCCCCUGUAUCAAGAAAAUUAUAGACCACUGGUCUCAGCAGGUAGGAUUUCCACAUCCUGAAAGGUCGACUUGAAAAGAAUUCAACGGUGCAAGAAACUUUUCAGUGAGUUUUUAUAGUAAUUGUUGCUCUCGUGUGUUUAUGUUAUUGUAUUAUUAUUUGCGACUUUGAAUGGUUGAGAUAAUUUUUUCUCACAAAUAUUUCUUUAUAAAAAUAAAACUAUGUACCUGCUUU